UUUUCCAGAGAAUCUCCUGGGUGGAGCAGAAAAUGGCAACCCCCUUAAAGAGGCCCUGCAAUCCGAGGACCAAGAAAAAGAUGGACUGCUGGAAGUUACAGAGUUUGAGGAACGGAACGCUGUUGGUGGAGCGAAGAUGGACAAGGCGGUGGAGACCUUCAUGGCUGACCUACAGGCGUUCUGCAGAUCUCAACCUCCUGGCCAGGCCUCUAUAGCCUCUGCUGCACAGGACCGAGUUUUGGCCCUGAAGAGGUUAUUACAGAUACCAGACGAAGGAGAGGCCCUCUUUCCUGCAGAACCUACGGAUCUCUCUCCAGAGAAUGGGGACCCCCAAGAGGGAGGAGAGGAAUGGAAUGGGACUUUUAGGAUUGAAGGAGACAACAGCAGAAGGCUUCCAGGAUAUAGAAACAGAAUACUGGAGGCUUCAACAGCUGAUGGGGAAGUUUACAUCAUCUCAACAAGCUGGUUCCACAUGAGACUUGGCCGAGCGAGGCCUGUCGGAAAAACGAAGGAAGAGACGGUGUGGGCUAACCCAUUUAUCCCGCCAGGCGGUUCUCUCUCCCCCAACUCGAGGCGACUCCACGGGAGAUUUAAGCCUGCUGCUUGAUUUGUAUAGGGAGCGAUGCUGUGGAUUUUGUACAUAAACUUUUCUGCCUAGAUCACAUUGUAAAGGGAAAUAUUCAGAGCAGGGAUAUCCAAUUUUGACAACUUUUAAGACCCCGUGGACUUCAACCCCCAGAAUUCCCCAGCCAGCAUAGCUUAGAAUUCUG